AUGAAUUACGGAAAUGAAUUACAGAACGCAGAAUUGUCUUCCUUGUUCAUAGACUAUGAUGAUGAUGACAUGUACGGGCAGUCAGUGGAGGAUGACUACUGCAUCUCUCCUGCCACUGCCGCACAGUUUAUCUACUCGCGUCAAGACUCGAGGCAGGCUCGACAUGUAGAGACCCUGGAAGAGGCAGAAUAUGAGGAGGAGGAAGAGGAGAUGCCCACCUCUCCCACUGUUGCAAGCUCACUAGACCCACUACAGCAAGGUCGGUUGUAUUCUUGUUUGGAUCAGAUGAGAGCUGUGCUGGGAGAUUCAAUUCCAGAAUCCACAUUAACUCAGGCAGCUCUGAAAUAUGACUGUGACCCUCACAGAGCCCUUGAUUUUAUUCUAACUGAGGAGAACACCAAUGCACACACCCCUCCAGCCAGAACCAACUCACAGCCCGAGCCUAUCACCACAGCUGCACCACAGAAAGCUAAAGCACGGGAGGCUCCAGAGAGUCGUGUUGAAGCAGAGGUUGUCCCAAAGGUUGCCCGCAUGACUGUGUCAGGCAAGAAGCAGACCAUGGGCUUUGAUGUGCGAAGUGCGGAAGAAAACGGAGUUGUUGCCCCGUCAGUUCGCAGAGGGGCGAGUCCAGAGGUCACUGCUGCACCAACCACAGAGACCCCAUCCAAACCAUCGGCUGUGAAUGAAGACUCUACUGCCCCAACCCCGACUCGACCAACUGGAAAGAGCAAACAGCAGCUCAACAUCCGUGCUGAACUGGAGAAAAGACAAGGAGGAAAACCGCUACUCAACCUGGUGGUCAUAGGUCAUGUAGAUGCUGGUAAGAGCACUCUCAUGGGUCAUCUGUUAUAUCUGCUGGGGAAUGUUAAUAAGAGAACCAUGCAUAAAUAUGAGCAGGAGUCCAAGAAAGCUGGCAAGGCCUCAUUUGCUUAUGCAUGGGUACUGGACGAGACAGGAGAGGAGAGAGACAGAGGAGUGACCAUGGAUGUGGGCAUGACAAAGUUUGAGACUGACUCGAAAGUUAUUACUCUGAUGGACGCACCAGGACACAAAGACUUCAUUCCGAACAUGAUCACAGGGGCGGCCCAGGCAGACGUGGCUGUGUUAGUCGUAGAUGCCAGCCGUGGGGAGUUUGAGGCUGGGUUCGAGGCAGGGGGGCAGACCCGUGAACACGGCCUGCUUGUUCGGUCUCUCGGAGUCACACAGGUUGCCGUCGCUGUCAACAAGAUGGACCAGGUCAACUGGCAGCAGGAGAGGUUCCAGGAAAUCGUCUCUAAACUUGGUCACUUUCUGAAGCAGGCUGGUUUUAAGGAUUCCGAUGUGUUUUACAUCCCUACCAGCGGACUAUCCGGAGAGAAUCUGACCACUAGGUGUAAAGUUGCAGAUCUUACAGCCUGGUACACUGGGCCAUGCCUACUGGAACAGAUAGAUGCGUUUAAACCACCCCAGAGGUCAGUGGAGAAGCCAUUCAGGCUUUGUGUCUCAGACGUCUUCAAAGAUCAGGGCUCUGGGUUCUGUGUGACGGGGAAGAUUGAGGCUGGCUUCAUUCAGACAGGAGAUAAAGUUCUGGCCAUGCCUCCUAAUGAGACCUGUACUGUUAAAGGCAUCACUCUUCAUGAUGAAGCUUUAGACUGGGCAGCUGCUGGUGAUCAUGUCAGUCUAACUGUAACUGGCAUGGACAUCAUCAAAAUAAAUGUUGGGUGUAUAUUCUGUGAGCCUAAAGAGCCCAUCAGAGCCUGUACACGAUUCCGAGCAAGAAUUCUACUCUUUAAUAUAGAAGUUCCCAUCACGCAAGGCUUCCCGGUACUGUUACAUUAUCAGACCGUAAGCGAACCAGCCACUAUUAGGAAGUUAGUCAGUGUAUUACACAAGAGCAGUGGAGAAGUUCUCAAGAAGAAACCAAAGUGUUUGAGUAAAGGACAGAACGCUGUGGUGGAGAUUCAAACACAGAGGCCUGUGGCUCUGGAGCUCUAUAAGGACUAUAAAGAACUGGGGCGCUUCAUGCUGAGAUAUGUGGGCUCCACCAUUGCUGCUGGAGUUGUCACAGAGAUCAAAGAGUAAGAACCAGUUGGAACUGGAUCCUCCAGAAAAAACUGGGCGAAACCUCUGGACAGAAGUGCAAUUCCCCCUCAGAGCUACAGUAACACAAACACACACACACAGAUGCCCACCAGGCAACAUCUAGCCACAGUUCAUUUCACAUUUCACCUGGCUAAAGGGCCUAGAAUGAGCAUGAAUGUUUGUGUGUGUGUGUGAGAGAGACUGCAUUUUGUCCUGCUCCUCAACUUGCAGUAUACAAUUUGAUCUGUGUAGUAAUUCAUCCAAAAUUUCGACUCCAACCCUCCUAAACACACAAACACACCCUCCUCACAACAAACUGAACACAUUUUAUUUUAUCAUUUGAUAUUUUAUUUAGAUUAUUGUAAAUCGCAUCAUUUUUGACUGUAUUAUGGCAGCACAUAAUGAAUAUUUAGUCUUGGUUCAGAUGGAAGGUUUUUAAGGUUACUUAAUCUGAUUAGUUAAGGAUGUGUACAUUUGUAAAAGGGAAAAUAGAAUAAACAACACAGCUGGCUGAUCUCAUCUCCUCCAUCAGUUUCUCAUGCAAGCGGGACAGUGUGAAUGAAACCUGCCCUUCCAUUGCUGCUACUCUGUCUUGACCAUUAAUGAGAAAACAGAAGGAUUGAGAACUAGUGGACAUGCUGGAUAUGCUGUGGAUGUGGGAGAAACUCAUCCACGGGUCUGUAAUCUAACAGUAAUCACUUUAAGGACCUAACGGACAUGACUCUUACUCGUCUGUUUUUGACUUGAUUAUUAAGGGGUUUUAAUUUAAAGAAUAUUUUGUUUGGGUUUCUCGAAACUGAAGUUGUUCAUUUGGGGGAAAGCUGCUUCAUCAGAAAAAUAAAGAAAAAUAUGGAUCACUGUGGAAAA